AGAGGCUCUCUCUCUCUCCGUCUCCGUCUCCUUCUGUUUCUCUCUCUAGAAUUCCCCCGACAAAAGCGAAACCCUAACCCUGAUUCAUCAUCAAAGAAUCUCAAGCUAUAUACAUAUACAUAUAAUAUGCGUCUAUUUAUACAUAUAAAAUGAAGUCAUUGUGAUGGAAUGGUGAACAUUUCGUAGCAAAGAUUUCGAAGAACUCAUUGUUGGGGGUUUCUAUAAGUGUAUAGAGAGACAGGGGGCACUGGUAUUAUGCAAUCCUUGGAGCGCGACCUCGAGGGCGAUUUUUCUGCAAAGGUUACGUACACAAGGAAUGGGUCUUUGUCAUGUGCAGUCCCUUUCUCUCCAUUGUUGCUCAUUGAAAACAUCUCGAGGAAGAGCUUUUCGUAUAAUCAGCUCCCUCAGGAGCCCCUUGAACUCACCAUUCUCAAAUUAGAUGGCUCUUGCUUCGAUAUUCUUGUAGCGAAAACAGCGACGGUGGCAGAGCUGAAGCAGGCGGUGGAAGCUGCCUUUAGUCAUUUGCCCAGAAAAGAAGCCGGCAAGAUUUCAUGGCCGCAUGUAUGGGGACAAUUUUGCUUAAGCUAUGAUGGUCAGAAACUGCUAACUGACAGCGAUUAUAUAGGAGCUUAUGGAAUCAAGGAUGCUGAUCAGCUUCAAUUUACUCGCCAUGUAUCCACUAACUACAAUUUGGUAAAGGCACGAUCAGUCAAACAGGCUCGUGCCUCCAAACAUCCCAGGAUAUCAGACUCUGAAGAGAGCAAACAGAAUGGUGAGGAAGAUGAGAAGCAUGAUCAAGAGGGAUUAAAGCAGGAUCAGGAUCAGGAUGAUGAUGACGAUAAGGGUGUUAUAACGCAUUGUGAAUGCAAGUUGACUCACUUGUUGAGGGGGUGGUUCUCAUAUCGCAGGUUGGCAAGCUCAGAUAUGAGAUUUGAAAAGAAGAGUAGUCUAUCUAGAUUCACCAGUGGUUUCUUAGGAAGUUUUAAAAACAUUUUACGGGUUUAUGGUAACAAAUAUGAUUCUGAAACUGAGAUUUUGAAAUGGGAGUAAUGAUCGGGCAUAUUUGUGCUGCUGGGAGGAGGGACUGCUGAACUGGUUAGUGGAUUUAACUUCAAUCAGCAUUUGAAUCUCACUGAAGCUCCAAAUCCAUAAUGUUCCCAUUGUUCUCUCCCAGUCAUGAAAGCUGUUUCCCUUGUUAAUUUUUGUUCGCAUGUCUAAAUUUACUAGUAGAAAUGAUUCAAAUUGGCUCUGUGAUUGGCAAUUAUUAGUUGUUUGAUGACAUCUGAGUUUGGAAUAAGA